GCGGCGCUGCCGGGGAUGCACCCGAACGCCACGGCGCCGGCCGUGCCCGCGGGGCCGCUGCAGCCGCAGCCCAGCUAUGCCAACGCCAGCAACCGCUCCGACCUGCUCCCCAAAGUGCCCGACGAGGAGGACCUGGACGUCAACACCGACAUCUACUCCAAAGUGAUGGUGACCGUCAUCUACCUGGCUCUGUUCUUGGUGGGCACCGUGGGCAACUCCAUCACGGCGUACACGCUGGUGAGGAAGAAGUCGCUGCAGAACCUGCAGAGCACCGUGCACUACCACCUGGCCAGCCUCGCCUUCUCCGACCUCCUCAUCUUCCUCCUCUGCAUGCCCAUCGAGCUCUACAACUUCAUCUGGGUCCAUCACCCCUGGGCUUUCGGGGGCGCCGUUUGCAAGGGCUACUACUUCCUCCGGGACGCCUGCACCUAUGCCACGGCGCUCAACAUCGCCAGCCUCAGCGUGGAGCGCUACAUGGCCAUCUGCCACCCCUUCAAAGCCAAGAGCAUCAUGUCCCGCAGCCGCACCAAGAAGUUCAUCAGCUGCAUCUGGAUCGCCUCCUUCCUGCUCGCCAUCCCCAUGAUCUUCACCAUGGGGCAGAUCUACGGCAAGGACCGCGAUCCCGACUCCCUCAUCUGCACGGCCAUCGUGGACACCUCCACGCUCAAGACGGUCAUCCAGGUGAACACCUUCAUCUCCUUCGUGUUCCCCAUGGUCGUCAUCUCGGUGCUCAACACCAUCAUCGCCAACCAGCUGCUGGUGAUGUUCCGGCAGGCGGCCCAGGAGAACCAGGUGUGCACCAUUGGUGGCCAGCAGACCAUGCUCAGCAUGUCCAUGGAGCCCAGCAGAGUGCAAGCCCUGAAGCACGGCGUGAGGGUCCUGCGUGCUGUGGUGAUUGCCUUCGUGGUCUGCUGGCUCCCUUACCACAUACGGCGCCUCAUGUUCUGCUAUGUCCCCUCCAGCCACUGGACAGAUUUCCUUUACAACUUCUACCACUACUUCUACAUGCUGACAAAUGUCCUCUUCUACGUCAGCUCAGCAAUCAACCCCAUCCUCUACAACCUGGUGUCGGCAAACUUCCGCCAGAUCUUCCUCUCCACGCUCACCAUCCUGUGCCUGCCAUGGAGGAAGAAGAAGAAACGACUGGCCUUCACCAGGAAAUCCAACAGCAUCUCCAGCAACCACACAUUUUCCAGCCAGGUCACAAGGGAAACUACGUACUGAAGCCAAAGGAGGAGGAGGAGGAACGCAAUUCAUCGUGGAGUCAAAACUUGAGAGAGGCCUCUGUGACUUUCAUGCAUGGUCUCCAAAUUCACCUGACACAAAUGUGUUUAGCAAAGUCAUUUUUGUUGGAAAAAAUAGGCUUUGUUCUGCCAGUAACUUUGAGGUUAUUUUCAAGCAUUGGCCUUGCCUCUUGUGAGUAAUGUCUACAUGUAUUGUAACUUCAGUCUGGCAUAAAUCCAGAUGUGGUGUUAACUGGGAAGCCAAAAUGUGUUCAACUUAGGCAAAACUGUUCUGCAUUUCAUCCUUUUCUCAGUGCAGAGAUGCCGUGUCCACAUCCAAGGGUUUGAGAUCACAUCUCCUGGUGGCACCAAGCAGAGAGUUGGAUGAGGAGAAAGAAGUUUGAACAGAAAGGGGUGUUCUUGGAGAAUGGAUGUGCUCAUCUGUGGGAUGUUCAAUGAACGAGGAGUGAAAACUCAGGGAGCCAGGUGGUUAUUUUAGAAAUUUAUCUCCAUUGUGAGGAAUACGACUGAGGUGCUCAAGAGAGCCUCUCUGGCUCCUUGGAAUUAAAUAAGAACAGAUGAUGCCUUACCUAGGCUGGGGUGGCUGUGGCCUGGGGAGUGGGGUCACCUUUGGCUUUAGGGCAUCCACAGUGCCUGGCUUUGGCACCACUGCAGCAGAGUCUCUGGCAAAGCCAAGAAUGCAGAGGCUGUGCCCAGAUGGAGCGCUGAAAAUGAACAGAAAUGGAAAAAUCUUCCUUUUGCCAUACAGCCAAAUCCUAUUUUUUACCAGGGAGAACAGUUUGCUGGCUUGCAUUAAGAGUUGAGAAAACUCUGAGCUCAUGAGGGCUCCAGGCUGCUGAGAUAAGAGCAAUCUGCCCCAGUUCUGUGGGACCUUCUGAUUUUUCCCAUUCUUAUUCCAGUUUUACUUGUUUCCUUGCCAUUUCCACAAGGCAGACAUCUCACAUACAGCAGUUGUAGGCAGCAGGUCCUCUUGUUCUAUCUUUUCUUCUAUUACUUUUUGCUACCAGAACUGUUGGCACAUCUAUCUGCACCCCUAAUAUUCAGAUAGUUUGAACACAGAGCAUAAGAAACGCUAAACUGGGGAGUCUGUGCUCUAAACCCACUUUCUUUUAAUAAGCCAGAGGAACAGAAACAGGACCUGAAAGUUCCCUUUGAAAUUCAAGAGAGAAGGCAAGGAAAGCUUGAGCUUUUCUCUCUGUUCCACCUCUAACAGCCCCUUAUAUGAUACAACAAAUUGCUCCAGAGUCUUUAGUACCUGGGCUCUGGGACAAGCUGAAGGGCUUCAGUGACCUGCACAAACCUGGAGCUGACCAAUCACCCUGUGCUGAUGGUGACCUGGUGUCCCCUUUCACACCACACAUCAUCAGGAGAGCAGGACUUGCCUCUGAAAGGUGACAAAGCAGCAGAGCCAGCUCAGUUUGGCUUUCUGGGCUUUGCCCAUGUCACCCUUCAGCUAAGGAGCACCUGUGGUCCCCAGCUGGAGCCACAGUGCUGGAGGUGAGGGUCGCACAGUGAUGGAGGCACCAGCACCACUGGUGACAUCUCCUGCUGCAGAUGUUGCAUCACAGAAUCACAGAGCAGGUCAAGUUGGAAGGGAAUCACAAGAAUCACUGAGUCCAACUCGCUGGAUUUGUGGUUUAGGUCCUCUUGGGCUCAGCACAAAGAGGAAACACCCAUCUGGGGGCAUUUGCUGUGAGUUCUCCAUGAUGAGUGACAGCUUUUGGGGCAUUUAGAACCUGUGUGGUAUUUCAUUUUGUCAUUUAGAUCCUGUGCCCAGCUGGCCACCAUGGCAGCCCUUCAGCCGCACCUGCCAGGGAUGGGAUGAUUUUAAUGCCAGAAACCCUGCAAAAGAAAGGGCUCAAAAUAAAAGUCAGUGGGGCUUCAGUUCCUUCUGACUCAGCCAAACUGCAAGCUCUGUUCUGUCAUGCCUUCUUGUGAUUUCCUGCCCUGGUUGUACCAAGCAGAGGGCAGAGAUUAUAUUUGACCAAGCACUUUUGUUGCUCGUGGACUGUUGACUCCUUUUUGAUAAAGAAAACAGUUAGUGGCACACAAAUAAAUAAAUUGAAACAAAGAGGAAUAAGGGAGACUGAUCUCUUCAGAAGGAAAUCUGUGAGAAAACAGCAAGAAUUUUGUGUGCAUGGUGUGUGUGAAAUGCUUGGGCAGGUUGGAAGAAGACCUGCUCAUCCUGCCUAGUGGCAAAAUCCAGGUGCCAUGAACAGGAGAGGGGAAAAAUCUGCCUUGAGAGAAAGAGGAGUCUUGAUGUCACACAUUUAACAUUGGCCUUCCAGGCAAGACACUUCAAAUGUUUCUGGAUUACUCAAUUUUUUUUACUUCACCUCUAAAUACAGCCAACAGCUGGGAGGAGCUUUCUGAAACCUCCCAGGGAAGCUGUAACUGCAUUGCUUUGACUUUCAUUACCAUUUAACACCCUGCAUGUCUCAUUUGCUUUGAAAUAUUAAACAUUAUUACUACACUUGUUCAACACAAACCUGCUGAAAUGUGCUUGAUUAUCUUAGAAGACACCGUACAAAAAUUGUUCUUUCACAUAAGAUGCUUGGUUUAGAUUUUCACUACUGAGAUACCCAGGCAGCUUACAGAAUAUUUGAUCACAGCUCAGAGAAACUGCCAGGUUUAUUUUGGGUUUGACAUGACAGUGGGAAAAAGCUGGAGUAAAAAUGAACUUCUCAUAAACUCUUUCCACUGUGUUUCUUGGGCCACUCGAGUGCUGAAGAGCUGAGGGAAUUUGGGGGAUUUAUCCAGGUGGUUUGCUGACUUCUACAGCUCUGUUCUUGCAGUUUGACAGGAAAGCAGACCUGGGUCCACGGCCUUAAUCUGAGAUUGCAGCUCAAAGCUACCUCUUCCACUGGCCAAAUCUGACAACCUUGAGCUGAGCAGUGUAAGUUACAGCUGGUUUAUCCACUCUUCCCUCCUCACCUAAUUUUGGUAUAUUCAGCUUAGAGGUGUGGUUCCCUUGAGCUCAAAGAAGUGAGGAAAGCUGAUUGCAAACCAGAUAGUUUCAUGAUUUCCAGAGAAUCACCGGACAGUUUGGGUUGGAAGGGUCCUUAAAGACCAUCCUGUUCCAAACCCCUGCCAUGGGCAGGGACACUUUUCCCUAGACUAUGUUGCUCCAAGCCCCAUCCAAUCUGGCCUUGUAGAGGAAAGCUGAUACAGUAGAGAAGAAAAAGGUACAAACUGCCCCAUAUUCACCAGAGAGAUAGUUCUUUAGAUGCCUUUCAACAAUGAUUGAACUGCUAACCCAACAAAUUUUUUAAAUUUCAUCUGGUGUGAAUGGCUUUUGCCAUUAAACAGAAAAACUCCCAUCCCUUGUGUCCCUGCCUUGGCUGCACUCUUCAGCAAAGCAGAGGUGAGUGUUGGGGCCUCUGCUCAUCUAUGCAAAUUCCCUGUGUUUGGAACUGUUUGUUUUGACUAAAAAAAGAAUAAAAUCUGUGGAACCCCGCAGAUGUGAAGUGCUGCCAGAUGGAUUCUGAGAAAUUCCAUUCUGAACAGAGUCUAUCAAGUGACCCCUUCAAACGUUAUUUUGAGGCUUUGUUUCUCUUCAGAGUGCCCUUGGCAGAGCCAUCAGCUUAGCAGAGUGUGAAAUCAGGUUUAUGAAGUCAUUUUGCUAUUCAGAAAUGUCCCCCAGACAGGACUGUCUCACCACAGGCCAGUCCAUCAGGGCAGGGAUGCUUUGCUGAGCUUGUCCUCUUUUGCAAGGUGCAUGAGGCCUCACUUCAGUGAGAUUUUCAGGAGAGAACUCAAUGGGAAAUCAGCCAGGAGGGUUGGCUUUAAACACAACAGCAGCAGGACCUUUGCAUUUCCAGCACCCAGUGCAGCAGCCCUGGGUGUGCUGUGUCAGCCCAGUGUCCUCCUGGCUGUGUUUUUGGUGACUCUUUAACCAAAGCUGUGUCUGCUGAAGCUCUGUCUGGUUCUUCACAUAUCACAGCUCACCCACUCUUCCUGUUCUCAGUCUGGAUUUGCUUAAAAAGUAGAAAUUGCUGAUCCAAGAUUUCAUGAUGCUGUGUCCUGGCUUUGUGACCCAGAGUCCUUCCCCAGCUGUGCCACCUGAUAGUCCUGCACAUAUUGUAUUUAUGGCAAAUAUUUUUGAAGUGCACCUUUUUAUUUUUAUUUUAUUCUGAGAUACAAAAUGUUGAUGUGCUUUAUUUUUUUUUUUUUUUUGUGGCCUGUUGCUCAAUGGGGAAAAAAUGAAUGUUAAAAGUGUGUCAGUGUCUACUUUGUGAUAUUUUCUGUGACAAAGGAAAAGAAGAGGGUGUGGAAUCCUCCUGUAUGGCAAUGGGAAACACUCUUUCAGUGUAACAUGCUAUUAUUGAUACUGUAUUUACUGAUCAAAGUGUACUGAAAUGGUUAAUUCCUAAUAUAGCCUUUGUACUGUAUGGUAUUUUAUUUUGUCAUUUAUUGAUCCUAAGAAAUAAAUAUCCAAAUUUAA